GUAUUCAUAAUUGGACUCAUUGCAGACAGAAAGUUUCAGCACUUUAACCCCGUCCUUGAGACCUACAUCAGGAAGCAUUUCAGUGCUACUCUGGCGUACACGAAGCUGACCAAGGUUCUGAAGAACUAUGUGGAGAAUGCAGAGAAGCUGACAGAACAGCUGCUGAAAGCCAUUAAAGCUCUGGAGUACAUAUUCAAGUUUAUAGUGCGUUCCAGGGUCCUCUUCAACCAACUGUAUGAGAACAAAGGAGAAGCAGACUUCAUGGAGUCCUUGAGGAAUCUCUUCACUUCCUUCAAUGACAUGAUGAACAUCAACUCUGAGAACACAGGCAUGGUGAAGGGUGCAGCGUUGAGAUACGUCCCCACCAUCGUGAACGACGUCAAACUGGUCUUCGAUCCCAAGGAGCUCAGGUAGGUUUUCA